AUGACUCUCCUCCCGCAGAGACCGCGGCUCCGCCAGGGCUCAGACCCCGCGCCAGCGCCUCAGGUGCGCGCGGACUCUGCGGCCCUGCUGUGGUGUCCCGACACCCAGCUUCGUUCGUACAGACGCUUGUCCUCGGGGGCGCCCGCGGAAAAGGCGCUCCCAGCCGGGGCUGGAAGGGGCCGUCUAUUUCAUUUGGACCAGAAUGGAGUGACCCGCGCGGUCCUGGCCACGCAGACCCGGCUUGAAGCCCCUUCCCCGCUGGCGCAGCGGAGCAGAGCCCUCGACGGCCGCUCCAGGAAAGGGGCCCGGGAGCGCAGCCGAGUGCAGACUCUACGGCACGCCUUUCUGGAGCUGCAGCGCACGCUGCCAUCCGUUCCGCCCGACACCAAGCUGUCCAAGCUGGACGUGCUGCUGCUGGCCACCACCUACAUCGCGCACCUCACCCGCAGCCUGCAGGAUGACGCCGAGGCUCCGGCGGAUCCCGGACUGGGCGCCCUGCGCGGCGACGGCUACCUGCACCCUGUCAAGAAAUGGCCCAUGCGAUCAAGAUUAUACAUUGGUGCUACUGGUCAGUUUCUGAAGCAUUCCAUCUCUGGAGAAAAAGCAAAUCAUGGCAGUGCUCCAGCAGACUCACAGCCUUAGCCUCUUCCCUGAUGGGGGCUGGAAGAAAGCAGUGUCUAUUGUUUUUAAGUAGUAUGAAAUAAUUCUAUAUUUAUUACAUCAGACAUAACACUCAUCAUUUCUGAAAGUUUACAUAUGAAUCCAUAGUUAGAUGUUCAGACUCAUCUGUCUAAUCUAAGUAAAUGUGGAAUGAAAUAAUCCGUCUUGUAUGACACACAGUUUAUCUAUUUAGUGUAAGAGAUAGUCACUACUAUAUAGUGCAGAAGACACACAAAAGCAAAAACCUACAUAUAUUUACAGAAUGCACAAUUUCUGUAGCAUAUUCAUUACAAACUGAGAAGCUAAUCUCUAUUGAUAAUCUUUCUAGUUUAAGAAAAUAAAAUUUGUGUUUGUAAUACACCAGUAUCACAUUGUUAUGAAAACCAGUCUAUGCUUAAAGUUGGUCUAAGAAUCUAUUUCAGUUGGAAGGUGUGAGAUCAUUUAUUCAGUUUUAGCUGAAUAUGUCUGAAAAGACUCGAGGUAAUACGAUGAUGCAGUAACUUCUAUAACUAGUUUUUUUUCUUAGAAAACUCAUUUGGAAUAUCAGAAAUGGUUUGCUUCAUAGGACCAGGCUUGGUCACCUUCCUAGAGGAUUACUAAAUAUCUCAUUAUGUUUCCAAAUUGUGGAAGGCAUUGGGAAUCCCUGCAACCCAGUGUGAACAAGAGAUGAGUGUCACUGGUCAUCAGAUUCCGUCACCUUCCUCUCUGGUCACUCCAUUUCCACCCCACUCUCUUUCAGGUCCUGGACUAGGUGAGCAGAUACAGCUGCAGCCACCCUAGAGAGAGUGGCAUAUUGGGGCCCCAACUGAGCCCCUCCGUGACGCUCACAAUCACAGCUCUGGCCAGGCUCCUUCUCCACUCUUCAGCUGCUGUUCACAAUCUACCUACUUAGCUGUUAUGAAAUGAGAGACAUCCUGUCUAAUCUGGGAAUUCUGGCACUGGUCUGCACCUUGAGAGGGUCUAAGGACACAGAGUGACCAUCCUGAGAUACAUCAGGCCAGAGCAGAGCACUUUGAGCCUGCCCGAUUUGAACCUAUGACCAGGGAAGGCCCUCUGCUGUGGUCCUCUCCCACUGCACUGCAGGUCAGGUGCCCAAGGAGCAGCCGUUCUGCCUGACUGCACCAGUGGUUUCAGUUUUCAACAGGAGCUUGGGGGUCAUGGCCGGGAAGUAGAGAUGUUGGCCAGGGAACACUUGGAAUCUCAAAACGACAGGGUGCGAUAGAGACACCUGAAAAAGAAAUCAUCUGUCUCUUUUGUCAUGUCUUUGCUGACUUAGAUUCCCUUUUUUCUCCCUUUCUUGUUUUUCCCCUCAGUCUUUACCAUUCCACUUUCCAACUAUAAAGUUCAUUUAUUUCUCAAAAACCUAGUUUUAAAGUUGUCGAAUCUGAUCCAAGAUUAGCAAAUAGAAAGGUGCAUUAAUAGAUUUGGUUGAAUUAAUACAGCAGUUGAACCACCACUUUAUUUUCUCCUCACCAGCUUUUGACGAUGAAAUGAAAUAAAAGACCAUCCGAGGACAACAACUAUCAUUCAUUUGAUUCAGCUGAACACGAUCAUGUUUUGGCUCAUAUUGACAGUUUUUAACUUUUAUUGUGAUGUGAAUAUCUCUUUGUAAUGUGACAGAAGCAUGUCUUUAAAAAGUAUAUCAUAAAAGCUUUGUACAUAUUAAUAUGUAGCAAAAAUGUAUAUUUCAACAUCUGUGAAUAUAUUACUCAUAUAACAUUGAAAGGGAUAAAAAGUAAAAUGAGAUAUGGAUUCACCCAUUCACUAUUUUAAGUUAUUGGCAUCAGAAAUGCUAAGAAUAACCUUUUAUCUUAAGGAAUAAAGUCAAAACUUCUUUAAAGUUACUUGAAAAUGAAGUGUAAAUACUAAAUUUGAUAGCAAAUCAAAAUGGCUUUCUUGAUAAUAAUCUAUUUGGCUAUAGUUUUUAAAAGCAUUUAAUUGGGAAAAAAUUAUGAUUUCUAGUGAAUUAUCAGACUUCUCUAAAUCAUCUUGUUAUAUAGUUAAGCUUUGCUUUUCACAGUAUUACUUUUUAUUUUUUCUUGUCCAGUUACAAAUGUUUUAAUGCCAAAGAAGCAUAUUUCUGUCAUAGCAUUUUAGUAAAUUGCUAAAUAUGCUAACAGUUUUUGAAUUGGAAAAUCUCAGAGGAGAAAUUGCAUAUUUUCACCCAAAGUUUCAAGGGAGCAUGCUGUUUUGAUUCAUGGUGCAUGGGGUAUUAAAAUAAAAUAAAGUGCUAAUUUGAAAAUUAA